CAGUUUGCUCUUUCUAACUCUAUGAAGAAUUGAGUUGGAGGGUCAUAAUUAUUUUAAGGGUGAUGUGUGGGCUGACUGGGGUGCAGAUGUUUAUUUUGACAGGUCUGAGUUGAGAUGCAGGAUGUCACCAAGCUUUCUGUGACCGAAGCCUAUCCCAGCCGUGUGUUUAAACCAGCUCGUGACACAUGGUACUGGCUAUCGUCUCUUGUGUAUUUUAGAUGCUGCUUUUGGGGGGUGGGGUGGAGGUUCAGGUGGUAUGCAGAGGGAGGAAGGAGGGUCCUUGGCCUGGUUUAGACCUUGUCUGGGGUGGAGCUCCACAGCCUCCAUUAGCCUCUGUGGAAAUGCCUGUUGGAUCUCAUGGUGACCUGCAGGUGACAACUUGCCUCUGUCCUCUGCUGCUGAAUCAUGGGCUGCAAGGGAGUGCUGGCAUUGGCUGGUAGCCCACGUAGACCAGGGCUGUAAGCUUUGGGGUCCGUUUUCUCAUGUUGCUUUUGAAUUCUGCUCAUGCAAAAUGUUCCUUGUCCUACAAGUAAGAUCACGUCAAGUGAAGAUGUUGUAGGUGACCAGGCCUCCCCACCAGGCUCUCCUCUCACAGCUCUCACAGAUCUCAUUAAGCUGGGCAUCUGAAUGGUCUGCGCAGCCCUCCUGGCUCGAACACAUACCAGCUUCUGACCUCCGCAGUCUCUUUGGUACUGUGUGACUAGGGGAAACUGUCAUAAUCCCCAGUUACAUGAAAAGAUGGUGCCACUAAUGGCGGUUGUGUUGCUACAGACAAACUCCUGGCUGCCUUGGUCAUGGAGUCCCUGGGGCGUUUGCCAGUGGAGGAUUAAGGAGUCUUGUUUGGUGUGUCUCGGAUCAGCCCAUCGCUUCCUUUAAAGGAGAGGAUUUGACAGUGAUACAGCAUGGGUCCUGCCGUGGGGGACAGGAACCCCUUUCAGUGAUGGGCUCCUGUCAGUGGUCCUCAGCCACAUCAGCCCGUCUACUUUCCUUUCAUAAGCCGUAGGGCCCGCCCAGACGAGAGAAGGAUGCGGGAGAAGGUAGCUGUAACUUUGUCCUGAUUUAUACUUGAGCUCCUGUGCCCGCUGACCCAUGGUCUCCUGCUUCUACGCUGUGAGUCUGGGGUCUGCAAGCUGUGUGGCUGUAGCUUGCUUGGUUGAUGACCACAGUGGUGAUUGAGUAGAUUCAGAUCACGUCCAUUUGUGGGGCCCAGACACAGCCCCAAGGGACACUUCCAGACUGUCCACUCUGAGUGUUGUCAUCUAAACUAGGCUCAAACCCCAGCAGACAAGGUCCUUGUGUUGUGUGUGGAGUCCUGGGCACAGUUGGUGACGGCAGUAAGGUGGAGUUUCACUUCUGGAAACAUGGUGCGUUUAGCCUCUUGCUGGGUUCUAUAGGCACGUGAAUGGUUGGGUCAAUUCAAACUGCAAGCUUAUCAUAGGGUGUCGCAGACGCAGUGUUCACUUGCGAGCGAGUGUGUUCUUGGCUUCCACCAUUACGUCAGCAGUGGUGGAAUGAUGAGGUUGCAGAGAUUCGGACGUGGGGAUGGGCGUGGGCAGUGAGAACCUUCUGCAGAAUUUCCGUAAAGUCCUCUGCAGAAGAGACCCACCCAACGGAUGCUGACAGCUCAUUCCGCCUUCCAUUGGCUGACUUUGUUACCUGUUGCUGGUGUGUGCUAUUGGGAGGCUCACCUCUAUCAUAAAGUCUGUCUCAGGGCUGCAGCUGUCCCCUGGACCAUUCAAAAUCGUAAUGGGAACCAUUGCUAUCCAAGAAAAAUCCUUGCUUACCAUUCUGAUUCCCAUUUUCUCUUGUGUGUAAGUGUUGUGGAGGCCUCUUAGAAGGGCCGCAGCUCUUUGCAGUGGGUACCACGAAAACAUGGCUGCUGGUCCAUUUGACAGAAGGUUCCUCAGGACAGGAGAAGGUAGUUUGUUCUGAACAUGUUUUGCUGAUUGUGAGGAAAUUUUACCCAUCAGAGUAAAACUGUGUAUGCACAUUGACCAUGCUUGCUAAGAAUCCACACAUUGGGUUGAGCAACAGCAGGACUGCCCUGGCUACAAUGAAGGCCCCCUACUCCCUCCUGGUGGCCUGAAUCUCUUUCUGGGAAGGGAAGAGAAACUCUUAGGGAAAUUUGGACUCUGGGUAAGAGCCUCGCGAUGCUCAGGAAAGCAGUGUAUCUACUGUCACAGAUGUGAAGCCAGAACACAUUCAGAGCUAUCUAUUGAGGGACAGAACUGACCAUCUCAGAAUCGGGACCAGAGGCAGCAGCUUGGGAGGGUGUUAGGAUGUACCAGCAUCGUCUGAAGGCCACACCACAGGAGCUGCUGAGCAGAUCCACUCGCAGGAAUGAAAGUCUUUUUACCUUCUUGUGACAUGCUUAGGUUAUUCUCACACACCAACAUGUGACAUGUGCACACUUAAAAUGCAGACAAUGUUAUAGAUGCCUGCAAACAUGUUCUGUGGCUUCACAUGUCUGUCCACUGGCAGGAGCAUGUGUGCGCAGUUACAUGUUCACAGCCUUUCUUCACAAUGCUGCUUUGACGGGCUGUUGAUGGGUCUCCAGUCUCUGUUCUCUGGGGUACUAGGCCCUGCUCCCUUCUGGGUUAUUCUGGGGGGGGUGUAGUUCCCUAUGGACCCCCCUUGGUAAGAGCCCCACACAAGAAGCAGCUUGCCCCUUAGCUUGCUGUUUGAAAGGUCUCUUUUCAGAGUGGCUUUUCUCUAAGGACUUGGUACUUCAGCAAGAGCAGCUGCUAGUGGCACUUACAUUGGGAGGGCCUUGACCUUCACACAUUUAGCCUGUGCACAUGAGAGUGUUUGUGGCAUGGACGCAGUGAGGACCGGCAAGCUGUCGAGGGAACUGGUGGCUUCCCAGUGUGUGCCUGGGAAGCCAGUUUGAAGUAUGGAGACAACUUUUCUAGAUUCCAACUUUGGAUUGUGUUUUGGGAAAGGAUGUCUGUCUGUCUGUCUGUCUCUGUCUCUCUGUGCAUGUGUGUGUGCUUGCUCACAUAUGUGAGCCCAUGAGGCCAGAGGCUAAUUUUGAUGUCUUUCUCAAUUGUUCUUUAUCUUGCUUUUUGGAAACAGGUCUGUUGUAACACUAGAGCUCACCAAUCUGGCCAGGCUCUGUGUUCAGCAAGAUCCAGUCAUCCUCCUGUCUCUAUCUGCCCACUGGGACUAUAGAUGCGCACUACCAAGCCCAGCAGCGUUGUUCACAGGGAUGCUGGCAGUCUGAACUCGGGUCCUCAUGCUUGUGUGGCAAGCCCUUUGCUGACCUGACCACGGCCUUAGCCCUUGGUUCUGCUUUUGAAAGACACAGUCUCACUUUGUCUGCAGUUUCCCUUUUGAGAUCUGAGCGCUGAUUUAGGAAACUAACCUGACCGUGUGAGCAUGUGGUUUGCACGCCUGAGGUGGAGAUGUCCAGUGAGGGAGGAGAGAGUGAGGAAUGCAGUUUCCUGUCAAGAACUUUCUAGAAGGAAUGAGAAAUGCAGUUUCCUGUCAAGACUUCCUAGACAGAAUGAGGAAUGCUGUUUCCUGUCAAGACUUUGUAGAGGGGAGAUUCUUGUACACCAGAGCCACGUUCUAUUCUCUGUGCUGUAUAUGCGCAGUGACAUGCCAGCUCACAUGGGGGUUCUUGCAGACCUUUGUCUGCUGUGUGUGUUCACACUUACAGACUGCCCACUCUGGCGUUCUGUCACUUUGAUCCACAGCUGGAGACCUGUGGCUUCCCUUUCUGUGCUUUCCCUAUGGUAGACAGCGGGCAGCCCAAGCCCGCUUCACUCUCUGAUAGACUCAGGUUUAGUGCAGCAAAGUGAUUUUUGCAAAACAAAAUAAACCCAGCAGGAAAUAAAACAGGAAACAAAAACCCGUGCCUCAAGGAGCUGAAGGGGUCUGCAACCCUAUAGGUGGAACAACAAUAUGAACUAACCAGUACCCCUCGGAGCUCGUGUCUCUAGCUGCAUAUGUAGCAGAAGAUGGCCUAGUCAGCCAUCAUUGGGAAGAGAAGCCCCUUGGUCUUGUAAACUUUAUAUGCCUCAGUACAGGGGAACUCCAGGGCCAAGAAUUGGGAGUGGAUGGGUAGGGGAGCAGGAAGGGAGGAGGGUAUAGGGGACUUUCAGGAAAGCAUUUGAAAUGUAAAUGAAGAAAAUACCUAAUAAAAAAUUGGGAAAAACAAACAAACAAACAAACAAACAACAACAACAACAAAAAACCUGUGCCUUGCUAUGUUUGGGCAGGAGGGGCUUGACAGAGCACCCGUGUUAGACACUGAACUCACAUCCCCAGACUCUACAGUGAAUCGAGCGUCUCUUGGCUUGUUCAUGUACAGAUGUGUGCUCUGUGUUUGAGCAUCUCUUUACAGAUCGGACUGGUUCAACCUCCUGGAGACAGGCCUGCACAUUCUCCCAGGAGCCUGGGCAGGGUUGAGAGUGUCCAGGCAGAGGUGACUGUCCGCUUGGUGCUUCCAGUUUAUUACAGAGUCAUGUGUGGCAGCUCGUACUGAUACUCGCUUCGGCAGACACUGGGAGCUGGGGUCUUUUAGUUUUCAGUGCCCGUUGUCUACAGAGAUGACAUACGCAAAUCAUCUCUCUCAUAGACAAGUGGCCUUGUUCACUGGUGAGCUCGGAUGACUUCCUGUUACUAGUUAUGUUUGUUUUCAUAAAAUCCCCAUGUAAGUGAUAUUCAUGAACCACACAGAAUCAUGACUGCGAACAGGCAUGGCCUCCUGGGUCUUCAGCUCCCACAUCCUCUCCUAUCAGCUGCCUGUUGAGUGUGGCAGAGGCCGGGUAGCCCCACCCUCGGGCCCCACCUUGCUGAAUGUAGGAUGCAUGUGUUUAAUCUCUGCCUGUAUCCCAGCAGCACCUUGCACAUCUGCUCACAACAUUUGCAUUGGACAGAUUAGACAAGAGGAAUCCAGGCCUGCAUGGGUUUCUGUGUACAGGUGGUCGGGUGGGGGGUCAGGCGAAGGAAAAGAGUGAGGGGAAUGGUGGUGACAAUGGAUGUGUGCACCAUUAAAUGGCAUCAUACAGUAGAUGUGUACACCAUUGGAUGAUGUCAUACAGUAGGUGUGUGCAACAUUAAAUGACAUAUACUCACAGCAGUCCUGACCUUGUCAUGGUGAAGGAACUGUCCUUAUACAGUCACAUGGCUAGGGUGACAUGGUCUUUGGAUUCUUGGGAAAUGCUCACAAGCAACUGGUGUGAUUGGCGUGAGCCAGUUAAGAUACACUAUCUAACCUUCCAUAUGUCAGGUCCUGCUGAGUCAUAUGAAAGUAUGUCAUUUAAUGGCUGCAGAGCGGAGCUCAGCACCUGAAAUCUAAAACCAUAGUUUCUAGUCUUACAUUUACUUUACCAAGGAGCUGAAGCUGGGGAGGUGCCUUCCACGAGCACACACCUAUCUUUGCAGGUCAUUCUGUGUACAACCUCACAUUAAGUUCAGUGGCUAGAGAACACAACAACAACAGAGCCACACAGAGAGGGACAUUCAGUGUGCUGAAUCUUUUGGUUUGUGACAAGCAAAGUCUAGGUGGCUUUCAUCCUCGAAGCUAGAACUUGCUGCAGCGUGCCAGUAAACACAUAUGAAGGUGUAUUUUUAGACAGGGAAAGCAGGGUAAAUCCCACAAAAUGUGACAUCAUGUUCUCCUUAGGAAUCAGUCUUUGUAAACAUUCUCUGAUGGAUCUCCCUCUAGUAGGGCUCUGGCUGCUUUGCAGAAGGGCAGUGCAUGUUAGUGAACUGGGUCAUGUUAUUGCCACUCUUGGCAGCUACCAAUCUGGAAUAUUUAAACGGGCGUAGUAUUUACAGUAUGUGUAUAGUUAAGCAUUUUGAGAGAUCGGUCCUUUUGUGACUUCAGGGUAUAUUGGUUGGUGUUUGUAUAAUAGCAAACAAGAGCUUUAGACCUGGUAAAAUGCACUUUUCACCUGUUGUACAACUCAAUUCAGAGCAUUGUUUGCAUAGAUGUGUAAGCUCUUACUGAGGUUUUAGUAAACAGGUUACUGGAGGGUUUAUUUCUCUCCCGAGAAAUGGGUGAUGAAGGGAUUUGGGGCUGUCUUGUGUGCACUGGUCUGCCUCCUAGGUGAUGGUUAACAGCCCAGCAGCUUGCUGGGGACAGUUAUCUGCUCUGUGCUUCAGCGGUCCUCUCAGUAACGUGCUGGUGACUUGGAUGCUGUUUCACAAAAAAGCAGAGGACAGAGAUAACGUCAGCCCGAUCGUAUCAGCCUCUGCAGCUUGUGUUUUCCAUGGGGAGAGGGCUGGGUGUUAGGUGAGAGACUGGAACUAGGGCAGAGCUUGGAGUCAGGCAAGUUUCUGUUGCUUGGGGUGACUGACAUAGUUCUUUGGAGAAUCAGGACUGAUAGGAAAGGUGUUUUUUCUCUGAGGCUGGUUGUUUUUAAUGCUGUCAAUUUCUCAAAGAAUUUGAAAAAAUGUUUAUUUUACACACCAGGGUGGGGAGGGUUCUGUUGUGAGUCAGGCUCUGUGAGAGUUCUUGGCCACUUUUAACCUAGGCUGUUCCUGAAGUUCAGUGAAGGCUUCCUAAUUCACAUAGAUUUUGAAAGUAGAGAUUUAUGAAUUUUCAAGGUUUUUUUUUUUUUUUUUUUUUUUUUUCUGGUGUCACAUCCCUUCAGUUUUCUGCAUUUCUGAGCUAUUUGCAAUCUUGGUCUUCAUGGUGAUGGGGGCGGGGGGGGGGUGCCUGCAUCUGAUCUACCGGCUGGUGUCACAAUAGCAGGGGAGCCCAACGAUCUUAGGGACACUGUUGAACCGUCCUUUGCAACAGCAGACUCCAUCCAGGCUUCCCAGAUGUAGGAGGGUGGUUUCUCUGAGCCUGGAAGUGGGGCUCUUCAUGGAAACCUUUAAAAGCUGGGAGCUGCUUCAGGAAUCUGGGUCUACUGUCAAGCCCUAGCCCGUCUCUGAAUGGACUUGGAGGGGCAGACACACAUGCGCUUAUCUGGAGAGCCCCGCGGAGCAGCCUGGCGCCUCCCGGACUGAUUGUGUUAGCUUUGUCAUAUUUACUUUCCUGGUGACAAGUCACUGAUAGAAGACUCAGAAAAUAGUAAAUAGUGAGCCACCACUCGCAGUAAGGCUUUCAUUUCAGGGCAGGGACAGGCAGGUAGGUGCACAUAAUGGAUGCUCUUGCACUUUGACUCAAAACCCCAACCCUGUAUUGGAUUCAAGUCUGUUACUGUCCCAGUAGGUAGUUAAUAACUAGGGAAGAAAGCGCCCACCUUCGUUCACUUUUGAGCUUCUCUGAGUGUAACCUUGGUUCCUAGGCUGUGAGCAUGUUUUCAUAGUAAGGGGAAAGGCACAGAGGUUUCUUGCCCUGCACUCCCUUGUUCUGACUUUGUUUACUUUGGAAGAUAGAGUCCCACUUAGACCUUGAAUGUUUUCCUGUGAUUGCAUGAGGUAUCCACUGCUCAGCCUGAGGUGCAGAAAGAAAGGGCUUGCUGGAAAGACCACAGUUUCCUAGAAAGUCGUGUGGCUGCUUCCCUGUGUCUGGGUGCUGAUGUGACAGUACUCACACCAGUUUAUGUGGGGCUUGCUAGAAUUUAAAGGGAGAGCUUGUUUAAGACAACUGAAUUCUGCCUUCUUCAUCCCUCUGCCUCCCUUCCCAAGGGAAGCAUGGCUGAGCCCACUUUCAGAAACACCAUGGCUCCUUUUCUCUGAUGCUCCCAGGCCAGGGUUGCCCAGGGCACUGCCCCUUUCUGCGGUUGACUGUGGGUCUGUGUCUUGUCUCCUGCGAGUGGAGGAGGGCUCUCAGGAAAGCGGUGCGUGCAUUCAGGUCUUGCUGUUGGAGUGGAAAGGAUUCUUGAUGGUCUGAGAACACAGGAGACGGCAGGCCCAGCCCUGUGGCUUGCACACUCCACAGCAGUGAAUGUAUUCCUUCACGGACCUCCAAGGGACCCUCGUCUGGGGACACUGAGCCACAGUUGUCCAUCUUGUGCAGAGUGGCUUGUGAGGAGAGGGCCUCUUCAUUGUUGUUAGGACAUCCCCCAUUUGUUCAGAUAAUAUGUGUUUUGUCUACAGAAGUCAGAUAAGCUUGCCCAAGAUGUUAAUGAUGUAUUUUAAUUCAUGGCUCAUAAUUCUGCAGUGUGCCUUGCGAGGCCCUUCCAUUGUCUCCAGGAGAACAAGCUCACAGUGUCCUGCAGUCCAGACCGGCAGCUCCCACAUAGCCUGUGGGGUGUGCUGGGCCCUGCACCCACUGCAGUUCCUGCCCACGUCAUGCUGAGCAGAGCAGAGCCCCUGCUUCUGUGUGAUUUGUGUCCCAGGGCCUCUGUGCCUCUGCCUCUGUAGACAGGCUUGUUCUUUAGCCUGCUUUCUAGCUUGAGCUGGUGGGACAGUGCCCUGGCCCUCUGGGCCUCCUGACCCCCAGUAGGCCAUGAUCCUGGUCCUUUCCCUCUGUUCACAGAGGAGGGAACACAUAGCCACAUUCCCACAGAAGGCCUCUAGCCCUAGCAGCCACCAGGCUCCUUUACAAACCCAUUUCUGUCUGGAAGAGGCUUCAAAACGGCAUAGACACAGACAAGCCACCUGGUCUUAGGGAAGCCAGAGCAGUGUAAAACUAAACAGAGUUAAUGAGUGAGUCGGAACUGAGCAAUCCCUGGACCAGUCAGAGCUUUGAAGGCAGCAGACAGCUGACACCACUGUCAGAUGCAGUGGUGGCUCUGUCCUUUCCCCAGCAGGUCAGAUGGAUCCUGGUUCCCUCUCCCCACCUCCCAGCAGGUCAGAUGGAGUCCUAGCCCUACCACUCAGGUCAGAGGGCAUCUCAGUUCCCCCUCCCCCAGCAGGUGAGGUGGAGUCCUUGUUCCCCUCCCCCAGAAGAUAUGUGGGGGAUCCCUGGCUUUUGGUUUCCCCCCUCCAAGCCUUUGUUUCUCCUUCUCCCAUGGCUCCCAUUCAGAGAGACAUCACGUCGGGAGCAGGGCUGCUCAGGAAAUGAGUGGAUAUCAGAACACAUCUGAAAAUUCGCUCUCUCAUUCCUUUCUAGGGUGACGUUCUGAUAAAUAGAGUCAACGUUGCUAGUUUUGGGGAAGACAGGGAAACCAUGCAGCCUUGGUUCUAUAUUGGUUCCACUGGCAGGCAGAGAGCUCAGCUGGACUGUCUGUCAUGAAGUUCACGUCAGAAUGUCCAUACAAACCAGGACAAGGCUGCACUCAGCUAGUAAGAAAAGUAUUGUUUCAGACGUCAGAGAAAGCUUCAGGGGCUCUUGGUGAACCCCGUUUCCUUGUUCUGCCCCUCUGUGUGGGGAGGGCUUUGUGCCUAGAGGUGGAGGAGGGGGGACUUCUUAGGUCUUAGAGCACCCCCUCCUCAAAACUGAGAAACCACUGAUCAUUUGAGCAGACCCUAAGUGUUGAGAGUUAGGGAAGGUAAUUCCCAAACUGUAUUGCUGAGUCCCAGCUUCCCUGAGCUUGUGUGGGGGAGGAUGGUGACUAAGGGGCCACUAAAGGACUGGUGCAGGUUCCAGGAGUGUCUCUGCUUUCCUGUGUGCUUGUUGCUGGAGUGGCAUUUGAAGCAUGCAGUGUCUUUGUGAUAAAUUCCCAGUCAAGUGCAAACAGGAGGAAUAAUAGGGCACACACCUCCCACCAGGUCCAGUGUCCUGAGUGUUGGGUGAGUCUGUAGAAUGCCUUGAAAUAGUUCAUCACACAUUUGACCUACAAGUAUGACUGACCCAGCAGUGCUCCUCAAGUGCCACUCGAUAUGGAGUCCAUCGGAAAGUAGGGUUUUACAGUGUCCUGAUGCCGAAUGAAUGUGUUGGCUACGCAUUGUGGUGUUCAUGACCCUGGGUGAGGGCUUUUUAACUGUGCUGUGUAACCUGGUCAGGGGCAAGUUAAAAGACCCUGGGAGUGCAGCGGUCAUUAGCUGCAUCUCAGGACUGUCCCAAGCUGCUCUUUUGUCCCUUUGAGUUGGUGGAGCCAGAUGCUGCUGACGUCAGUGAGCGGGUGUCUGGCCACUUCGUUCACGUCGUCUUCACUCACUGGAAAUCACCGAACACCUCUGAGACGCUGAGCAUCUGUCCUGAGUGCUGAACCUCGCAGCUCCUGUGCUUGCUGCAUCUGCCACACCACAGAACAUGCGCGUACUCAUCACAGGGACCUCUCUCCCCUCUGGGCAGCAGGAACCCCUCUAAGAAUGGAGAGAUAAGACACUUCAGGCCCCUACGACACAAGGCUGUGCUGGGACGCUCGUACCGCCCUGAUGGAUCGCAGCAGAGAGGCUGAGAUGGAGCUGAGGAGAGGACCCAGCCCACCCAGGGCUGGCAGGAGCCACGAAGUGGAUGGGGACAAGGCUGCCUGCCACAGCUGCUGCAUCUGUGGCAAGAGCUUUCCUUUCCAGAGCUCCCUGUCACAGCACAUGCGCAAGCACACGGGAGAGAAGCCCUACAAGUGUCCCUACUGUGAUCACAGGGCUUCCCAGAAGGGCAACCUCAAGAUUCAUAUCCGCAGCCACCGGACAGGAACUCUGAUUCAGGGGCACGAGCCAGAGGCGGGAGAGGCUCAGCUGGGUGAGAUGCGUGUCUCUGAGGGCCUGGAUGGGUGUGCCAGCCCUACUAAGAGCACCUCUGCCUGUAACCGCGUGCUGAACGGGGCCGUGCCGAUGGACGGCAGCAAGAUUCUGCUCAGGAGCAGCCGCAAGGAGGUGGAGGGUGCGGCCAGCGCCCAGGAAGACACUGAGGCCACGGUGCCGUGCUCCUUCUGUAAGAGCCGGUUCGAGCGCAAGAAGGACCUGGAGCUGCAUGUGCACCAGGCCCACAAGCCGUUCAAGUGCAGGCUGUGCAGCUAUGUCACCCUGCGGGAGGAGUCUCUGCUCAGCCACAUAGAGAGGGACCACAUCACCGCACAGGUGCCCAAUGGCAGCGAGGCCUGUGUGGAGAACGGCAAACCUGAGCUGAGCCCUGGGGAGUUUCCCUGCGAGGUGUGUGGCCAGGCCUUCAGCCAGACCUGGUUCCUGAAGGCACACAUGAAGAAACACCGGGGCUCCUUUGACCACGGCUGCCACAUCUGCGGCCGGAGAUUCAAAGAGCCUUGGUUCCUCAAGAACCAUAUGAAGGCGCAUGGACCCAAGGCAGGAAGCAAGAACAGACCCAAGAGUGAGCUGGAUCCCAUUGCCACCAUCAACAAUGUGGUGCAGGAGGAAGUCAUUGUCGCUGGCCUGUCCCUCUAUGAGGUCUGCACAAAGUGCGGGAACCUGUUUACAAACCUGGACAGCUUGAACGCCCAUAACGCCAUACACCGUAAAGUUGAAGCCAGCCGGAUUCGAGCCCCGGCUGAGGAGGGGGACUCAGAGGACCCCCUGGACACUAAGCAGUUCUUCUUACAGUGCCUGAAUCUGACACCAUAUGUGGCUGGUGAUGUGUCCCCCGGUGGGCAGGCUGGACGGCGGGUGGCUGAAUUGGACCCCGUCAACAGCUAUCAGGCCUGGCAGCUAGCUACCAGGGGUAAGGUGGCUGAGCCGGCCGAGUACCUCAAGUACGGGACCUGGGACGAGGCGCUGGCAGGGGAUGUAGCCUUUGACAAAGACAAGCGUGAGUAUAUACUGGUGAGCCAGGAAAAACGCAAGCGUGAACAGGAUGCUCCGGCUACCCAAGCUCCCCCGAGGAAGAGGGCCAGUGUACCUGGGGACCCCAUGCUUUCUGGCCACCUUGAUCCCCGGCCAACCUCACGCCCCAACCGCAGGGCCUCGGCCACCACUGGCCAGGGCAAGUCCUCUGAGUGCUUCGAGUGCGGCAAGAUCUUCCGCACCUACCACCAGAUGGUGCUCCACUCCCGCGUGCACCGCCGUGCACGCCGUGACAGGGAUCCUGAAGGGGACAGAGCAGCGCGUGCCCGUUGCGGUUCACUCAGCGAGGGUGACUCGGCUUCCCAGCCAAGCAGCCCUGGCUCAGCCUGCGCCAUUGCUGACUCCCCUGGCCUGGCUGAGGAAGUGGUGGAUGACAGUGGUGAAGAGGCUGUGCCUGAACCCGCAUCAGGGGGCCAGCCUCGCCACUGCUGCUCUUCUGGAGAGGUGACACCCACAGCACUCUCCAACGGAGACCAGAAUCACAAGCUUGGAAAUAACCUGCCAGAGAAAGACAUCAGCGAGCCCAAGGUGGGGAGCGCCAUGCCGUCUGUGUCCAUACUUGAAAACAGCAGCAGAGAGACCACCAAGGGUCCCGAGCAGCAUAGAUACUCUCUCGACCUAAAGAUGCCAGCAUUUCACCCCAAGCAGGAGGUGCCCAGCACUACUGACCGGGUAGACUUCCCUGCGAGCAUGGAGAUAACUAGCCUGCAGCACACCUUGGACAGCCAGGCCGGGCAUUCUAAAGAAAAGCUGUCCGAUUUGCACAAGGAGCACUGCGGGGUAGGAAAGCGGGCAUCCGCCCCGGACCUGGUCCCUCUGGACUUGAGCAUGAGGUCGAGCAGGGAUGAGCCCAGCGGUAAAGAAGCGUGCUCCCUGCAGGCGGCCCUGGUCAUUCACCCGUGUCCUUACUGUACCCACAAGACCUACUACCCCGAGGUCCUGUGGAUGCACAAGCGCAUUUGGCACAGGGUCAGCUGCAGCUCUGUCGCACCUCCUUGGACUCAGCCCAGUGGCCACAAGAGCAUUCGCAGCAACCUGGUUUUCCUCACUCGCAGUGGGCGCACAGGCCCUCCGCCUGCUCUUGGGGGCAAAGAGUGCCAGCCCCUGCUUCUUUCUCGCUUUGCCCGCACCCAGGUGCCAGGUGGGGCACCAGGAUCAAAGGGCAGCUCCUCUCCCCUCGGGGUGACCACAAAAGCCGCUAGCAUGCCUAAGAAUAAGGAGAGCCAUUCCGGGGGCCCCUGUGCUCUGUGGGCCUCUGGCCCCGAUGGAUAUCGACAGACCAGAGCUGGACAUGGCCAGGAGCCUCCCAGCGCUGCAGUGCAGGGGCCCCUGGCCAAACCCAAACAGGAGGGCAGCUCCAGGUUGGCACCUUCCCCGGGCAGUGGGAGCCUCAGCAGAAGUACCACCCCCACACCCUCAGUGAUAACCCGUGUUGGUGCCCAGCCCUCGGCCAAUAGCAAACCAGUGGAGAAACUCGGGGGCCCAGCAGUGGGGACUGGCUUUACCCCUCCGAAUAAGCACAGUGCCCCAGACUCUCUGAAAGCCAAAUUCAGUCCUCAGCCUCAGGGUCAGCCUCCAUUGAAAGGUGAAGGAGGCUCUCCUCUACCUCCCCGAGAACCCUCUGUGAAGGCGGCCCAGGAGCUGAGAACACUAGCCACCUGCGCAGCGGGGUCCAGAGGGGAGGCGGCCUUGCAAGCCCCACCUGGUGCGCCUCCCACCUUAAACUCCGCCAAGCAGGAGCCGGCAGCUGAGGGGCAGGAGAAGCGCUUGGAUAUCCUCAGUAUCUUUAAGACGUACAUUCCAAAGGACUUCGCCACCCUCUACCAGGGCUGGGGUGUCAGCAGCCCUGGGCCCGAGCACAGAGGGACAUCACUAACAGGGACACCACGGACACAGGCCCACCAGGGAGACUUUGUCUGUGUGGAGUGCGGCAAGAGUUUCCAUCAGCCCAGCCAACUCAGGGCCCACCUUCGGGCACACACAGUGGUGUUUGAGUGUGACGGUCCACGAGAUUCUGAAGUUCACACAGCCUCCACGGAUGCCCCUAAACAAGGGAGAGACCAUACUACCCCAGGGACUGUGCCAGCAGGGCCCCUCCGAAAGGGGAUCUAGAGACACACCUCCAGCGCCCGGCCCCGUGACAGUGUUGACUGUGGCCUCACGGGCGGCUGGAAGGCUCCAGCAGUGACCAUGGCCGCUUUGGGGAAGAAGAUCCAGGGCCUCCUGACCUGAUACGUCAGACUCGGGGGCCAUUGCGGUAGAGCAGACCCAGGGACAGCAAAGAUGCUAUGCCUAGAAUUCCGUGUAGCUCUUUCACACACAUGUAUGUGCUCAUCACCCAUGGCCUGUGUCUCCUCGGGAUAAGCAGUGGCAUUGGCAGGCACAGUGGGAGCUCAAGGAGUCUGGAUUACUCAAGACAGGCAUGAGACACUGGAAAAAAGAUACUGGUGUGUUUGGAAGAAGUGGACAGCACUGUGGGGAGGUCCAGUGCGUAGGACAGAGAUGAUGCUGUCAGGAUGUGGGGAGCGGAGGGGGCUGCACUACCGCCUCUCCCCGCCGCCUCAGUGGGGACUUAAAGUAGAAGGUGAGACAGAGGGGUGUUCAGGUGGUGUUCGAGUGCUGUGGAGAGGAGCUUGGUGAGGCAGGGCAAUGAGAUAGCUCCUCACGGUUGGAGUCUGGCCUUGACCCUCUGAGCUGCUUAUGCCCCGCCAUGCUGCGUCCUCACCGUCCGGGCUGCGUCUGGCUCAGGAAACACUGCAGAGGUGGGAACACAUAUAAAUCUGCUUUGGGAAAGAAACAUUAGUUGAACACUAAGAGGAGCAGGUGUCUUUUUUAUUCUCAGGACCUUUUUUGUAACAGGGCUACAUUCUGCAAACUGCUCACGGAAGGCGACUCCAUGUCUUAACAGAGUACCGCUGAGUCCUCCCAAUUUGGGCCUGUUUUGGUGAUGUCAGAGGAACCCUUGAGCAGAUUGGGGGCCCUAGACCCUUAGGGUGCUAGUGCUCUGGAGCCUUCUCUCUCCUCCUCCCACCCCCUUUCCCCUGCACCACCCCAGCAAAUAGAUGUCUUUCCCCGUUGGGCCUGGUGAGCACCACCGGAUGAGUGACUUUGUUCACAGAUUAAUGGGGGUCGCCAGGCCUGAGGGUGAAGACGGCUUUAUAUACCUCUUCCUUAGUCACGCAAGUUCACGUUUCUGCGGUGGGGUGAAGGCCCGAGCAGAGGCUGCGAACCCACGCGACGUGCGCAGUCGGAACUGUAUUCCGCAGGUAGCAGCGAUUCCUUUCCCCGUUGCUGUGACACUGUGUGUGAUGGCGAUACUUCUGCAAGUUCCAGAUGUUUGCACAUAUGAUUUUAUGCAUUAUCACGAAUUACCGCUGCCUUGAAUGAAAACGUUCUGUGAAAUUUUUUGCAAAAGCUUUACUAGUUUUUUUUUAUUGUGAAAUUUUGUAAAGGCAGGAAAUGGAUUAAGACGAGCAUGCUAAAUAUAUUUUUCAAAAAAAAAAGCAAUAAUUUUACAUGUACAGAAAUUAUCCUAACCUUUAAUACUGGUGAGAGCGACAGUUUACUUAACCCGGUAAUGGAUCAGCGCGGUUUUUGUAGGAAAUGGGCUUCUGAUACAAAGACUUGUUUAAACACACAUGUAUACACGAACCCUGGCGCGUGGUUCUCUGUUCUAAUGAUCUGUUGGAUUGUUAUUAUUAUUAUUAUAUUAUUAUUAUUAUUAUUGUUGUUGUUAUUGUUAGUUAAUGUUUGAUUCCAGGUUCUAUUUGUUACUGUUUUAAUUACUUGACCGUUCAGGUGACUGCUGCACUUGCAAGCAAUGCAAUGUUAACUGGCUAGCAGAUAUAUAUAUAUAUAUACAUAUAUAUAUACACACAUAUAUACAUAUAUAUAUAUAUAUGUGUGUGUGUGUGUGUGUAUAUAAUUUUUUUUACUUACUUUUCCUGAUACUCCUACAGCAGGUUUGUAUGAGAGCGGCUUGCCGUGUCGGAGCGCUUGGGAAUAGCCAUCAUUCUGAGGCGUUACUUGGAGCAGGAGCAGGUCGUAGAGAUACAUUCCUCUCUCCGCCUGAGGCAGCGUAGUACCUUUCUGUUGACGGCGUUUGUUCUUUUUGCUAGGUUCCCCAUCAUUUCUGCGCUCUCUGGCUUUUUGUUCCCUUGGCUGAGAGUGAAGGUGAGAGUUAGGAAUGUCAGAGCCUGUGAUUCGGCCCAUCUAUUUCUGUGUUUUAGUUAUUAAACAGUUCUGUACACAAAGGGACACGAAGGUGUCGUCUGUGUUUUUCCUGUGUCUGAGGCUGCACUUGGCAUUGAGAACUGGAAGGUCUGUCUGUCCCAUGAGUCUCCUUCCCAGGGUCUGGCGGGGAAAGACGGGUGCCUGAGGUCCGUCUGCCUGCCUGGAGAGCAGCCAGUCUCAGGAUGACCUGCCCCUCCAAGCACAGAGAGGCACAAUUUUCCUGUAGCCACAAGGCCAUGAGGUCCCCAGCGCUCACUCCUGGGACCAGCUGUGUGCUGGCCUGCUGCAUGGUCUCUCUGUCCCGCUGGCCAUCAGUAUUGGACUGGUUUGUUAAUUUGUCUAUGUCAGCUCAACAAUAGUAUUUAAUAUGAUUUGUGUUUCCUUAUUUAUUUAGCCAAUCUGUUUUGCUUUGCCCCUCCUCCUGUGGUGAUUUCCACAUCUCUGACUGUUACGGACCUCCUACCUACCUCUCUGCAUCUUCUGUCUCCUUGUUUCCUGACGGGGUUUUUACAGUGUUGCGUCUAAUGUAACUUAGACAAUAAAGGGUUUGGUUGUCUACACUGCAGCCGCUCACUCUGUGUGUCCCCUGCCCUCUCCAGCUGCCCUCUUCUGACUCCUGCCUCGCUCUCUGGCUCACACCAGCCCAGCCCCCACCAUCCCCUGCUUCACUGUGUGACGUGUCUUCUCUUACGCUUUUCCUCCUUUCAAGUACACAUUACACAGAGUUUCUCAAAUACUUCAGGUGAUUCACUCAUUCUUAAUUCCCAGAAUGAAGGUUUAACUUCACGAACAAUAAAUACAUUGUGGACUCUUCUCCUCUGGGGAGUUGCUCACUGCUCCUUUCCACACUUCUGCUGGUUCUUGAAGUCUAUGCAGUCUUAGGUGGAGACAGUUUAGCCUCUCCCGCGUAGUACAAUUUCCAAGUCAAGUGGACUUUGCCUUUUUGGUUCUAAAAAGUAUUAGAUAUUUUAAAAAGUUUCUCCAAUAUUUGCUUAUUUAUUUUUUUAAGUCCAGGAAGACACUGGUUUCUGGAAGUAAGGUGUUCCAGGCGGCACAAGGCAACUCUUUCAACGUAAAAGAGCUCUGCUGUCCCAGCGGGCUGUAGGGAUGCCCCUUCCCCUUGGCUGCUGUGUGCACACCACGGCUUCUCUGCAGCUGGGACUGGAGUCGCUCUCCAUUUAUGCUCCACAGGUGACCAGUUCCACCGUGGGCAUCACAGGGCUGGCAGCAGUGACCUUUUCACCUCCUGGGAACCAGUCGAGUUGACACCUGUCUGGGUGGAUGAGGGUGUCUUCCAGGUCAAACAGUGCCUGCAGUCCCCCAGGAAGGACCUGUAAGAUGAGACACCUGCCUGUCAGCACCCGAAGAACGAGUUUUGUUGUUUUAAUGCUUAUAAAUCAGGCAACUUCAAAUUGCAACUUUUGUUCACUGAAAAAAAAAAAAACCAAGCAUGCCCCACAGACAAGGUUUUCCGGUUACACGUUUUUGACACUAAUGAUUAACACACACUGCAGAGCCCUGGGACAUGCCUGAGUGACGUGGCCGCCAAGCAACAUGUCCCUUUUUCACCGACUCCACUAAGCAUUCGUUGAGGUGGGAAGAUGCAGAAGCCCAUAGAGUUUGUAUUUCUUUUUAAAAACACAAUUUAUAAUGCUAUAUUUUGUACUCUUUAUAUUAGAAUUUGUAACUAGAUUGAUGUAUUUAACUAUUUCUGAGAAAAAUAAUUCAAUGUUACAGCUGUGUGAUUAAAAAGUAUUUAGAUAAAACAUAUUCACUCUAUUGGAAUUUGAAAUAAAUAAAAACAUCUUGGAGUUGUAA